GGUGAGUGAGAGAGACAGAGAGAGUGCGUAAGUGAUAGUCAGUGAGAGCACAAGAGAAAGGGGGAGAACACCUAUACUCUGGUCAGUGUAAGAUCUUGCAAAACAUUUCUAAGGUAACGCAUCUGUUUCUAAUUUGACCUGGGGGUCAGAGAGGAGAGAUCACAGAGAAGAAACUUCUCUGACGAGUGGGCUUACAGUUGUGUUUGGAAUGAAGAUGUCAAUGGGGAAACAGGUUGUGCUGGCUGCAGUGGUGGUAGUGAUGGGAUGCGUGGGCAUCAUCGCUCUAAUCCUCACAUUAGUUCAGCACCACUUGGUGGAUCUCCCCCAUCGCAUGCAGUAUGGGAUGGUGUUUGAUGCUGGAUCCACACACACUUCUCUCUACAUGUACCGUUGGCCUGGCAACAAAGAAAACAACACUGGGGUGGUGUCACAGAUGCUGGUCUGUGAUGUUGACGGAGAUGGCAUCUCUAGCUAUGCCCAGGACCCACCUGGUGCAGGGCUCAGUCUGAGGAAGUGCCUGGAAAGUGCACUGGCAGCCGUCCCUGCAAACCAGCAGAGGGAAACUCCUGUGUACCUUGGUGCUACCGCUGGCAUGCGACUCUUGCAGCUACAGAAUCACACCCAGUCUUAUCAGGUGUUGGAGCAGGUAACCAAGGUGAUCCAGGGGUAUCCCUUUGACUUCCGGGGGGCACGGAUCCUAUCGGGGAUGGAGGAAGGGGCUUACGGAUGGAUCACCAUCAACUAUCUACAAGAGAGCUUCAUCAAGCACACCUUUGAGGGAGAAUGGGUGAGCCCUAAAGGAAGGAAGAUCUGGGGCGCCCUGGACAUGGGAGGUUCUUCUACCCAGAUAUCCUUUACCCCCGGCCAGCCUGUACAGGACCCUGCCUCCGCCCUGGGACCCAAGCUCUAUGGUUACCAAUAUGAGGUGUACACACACAGCUACCUGUGCUAUGGCAAGGAACAGGCCAUGAGGCAGCUACGGGUUCAUCUACUGAAGAUGAGUGGGUCUACCCGCCCAGUCAAGCACCCCUGCUACCACCUGGGCUACAACCUAACCCUGACUCUGGGUGACCUCUAUGACUCCCCCUGCGUUGCCAGACCCGUGACCUUUGAUCCGGCCUCAGAGGUCACCUUCACAGGGACCAGUGAGCCACUGCAGUGUCUCAACCAGAUGAAGAACAUCAUGAACCUGACUGACUGCUCCCUGGCUCCUGACUGUGGCUUCAACGGGGUAUACCAGCCCCCAGUCAGUGGCGACUUCUUUGCUUUCUCAACAUACUAUUAUACCUUUGACUUCCUUGGUCUGGCUCCUCAGCCUUCUCUGGCUCAGGCUACCACAACUAUAGACACAUUCUGUAAAAGGACCUGGGACUCGCUCAAGACAGAGUAUAGUGAAAAGGACAAGUACCUUCGUGAUUACUGUGCCUCAGCAAACUACAUAAUGACAGUACUACUAGACGGCUACAAGUUCAACCAGACCUGGGGAAAUAUAUACUUCCAGAAACAGGUGGCAGAUACAGACAUCAACUGGACGCUGGGCUACAUGUUGAACCUGACCAACCUGAUCCCUUCAGAGCGCCCCCUGGUUGUGACAGGUGUGCAGUGUGGCCAGUGGGCAGCAGAUGUCUUCUUCAUAGCGUUUGCUGUGUUCCUCAGCCUGUUGGUGCUAGCCAUACUGUUGCUCUGGAACCCAUGA